AUGCAACAUCCAUUACUUCCUCCCAUCUACCAACGCCAAAUUCGAACGAAGCAUACCACUAGAUGGACUCGCCAGUCUACGUCAUACAAUCUAUAUCGCGAGAUACAGAAGAAUCUUUCCGAUUGUAUGAACCUCGAAAGAGAAAAUCACCACAUAAGAAGUUCAUCUGAUGAUGCAAACCUUCGUGUGUUAUGCUACGGGCUGGUUCUUUUUUCAGUAAUCGGCAUUAUAGGACGAAUCUUGGGCCUUCUGUCGGAUGACUCGGAUUUGGAAACUUCACAAAAGGAGGAUAUUCCUUUGCCUGGUUUUCUCGGGAAAAGUGUACUUGAAGCAAAAGACACAGUAGCGAAGGACCUAGCAGAAAAGCAAGAAAUCAGAGGGGCUCGUCGAAAUACGGUCGCCAGAAAUAAUACGCCCAAGCCAAGUUCAAAGAGGCCUGUAGUGAAGGCCACUCUUUUACUUGGAGACGGCCGAUCUUGGGUGCCUGAUCUCGAGACAUUGAUGACCAUUUACCCUGGAGUGUUAUAA